ACACUGUGCGCUGCGUGCUCGCGCUCAAACCGUGCAGAGAGAGACGCGAUUUUACAAGCGCUCCGAGACGCGACGACGCAGAGACGCGUUACUCCCGAGACAGAGCUAUAACCUGGGGGAAAAGUUUAUACGCGCAGAACAAUACAUCCUCCUUUCAAGGACACCGAGGAAUCUAUGGAAAGUUAAAAUCGAUAAAGGAUUGUUCAUGGAGUGUAUAAUGCACUUUGGAGCGACUUGGUGAUCUCCAGAAGGUUUUUGGCCACUUUAAAGGACAAAAACACGCACAGUACACAAUUAGACUGUUGCUUUUUUUUUGUUUGUGCUGUGUGUGGAAGGGUAUUUUUUGUGAACUUGUUGGGUGUGAGUUAACAUGCGCUUCUUAACACUUGGACUGAGUUGGUGUUGAAGAAAAACCCGACGCGAGCUAAAGCGCAACAGCUGGAAAGGAUUUCCUCCAGUUGUAAUUGGGAGAAAUUCUGUGGUGGACUAAACAGGCCUGGUUUUCUUUCUUUUCUUUUUUUAACCACACUUUGAAAAGAAAGACAGUAUAAAUAAUGACGGCUUUCGCCAAAAUGCCUCUGCAUGCAGAACGUGUGCGCUUUCUCCUUGCGACUCUGUGCCUUUUGUGCUUCACGACGAGCAGCGGUCAGUACCACGGUGAGAAGGGCAUCUCGGUCCCGGAGCACGGAUUUUGCCAGCCCAUCUCCAUUCCUCUGUGCACGGACAUUGCGUACAAUCAGACCAUCAUGCCCAAUCUUCUGGGUCACACAAACCAGGAGGACGCCGGACUAGAGGUGCACCAGUUCUACCCGCUGGUAAAAGUGCAGUGCUCGGCUGACCUCAAGUUCUUUUUGUGUUCCAUGUACGCGCCUGUGUGCACGGUGCUGGAGCAGGCCAUUCCGCCAUGUCGUUCUCUGUGUGAACGGGCCAGACAGGGCUGUGAAGCGCUCAUGAACAAGUUCGGCUUCCAGUGGCCCGAGCGCCUGCGCUGCGAGAACUUCCCAGUACACGGCGCGGGUGAGAUCUGCGUGGGCCAGAACACAUCAGAGGCCGGAAGUCCAACGUCCGACCCGACACCGUACGUGCCCAAUCUGUACACAUUGCCGCCAAGUCCAGGUAAAAACACUCAGCAGUUCACUUGCCCACUGCAGCUGAAAGUGCCUUCGUACCUCAACUACUACUUCAUGGGCGAGAAGGACUGCGGCGCUCCGUGUGAACCCGCCAAGCCCAACGGCCUCAUGUACUUCCGUGAAGAAGAGGUAAAGUUUGGACGUCUCUGGGUUGGCAUCUGGUCCAUUCUGUGUUGCGUGAGCACCCUCUUCACUGUGCUCACCUAUUUGGUGGACAUGAGGCGAUUCCGCUACCCGGAGAGACCCAUCAUCUUCCUGUCUGGAUGCUACUUCAUGGUGGCCGUGGCCUAUGCGGCGGGUUUCUUCCUAGAGGACAAGGUAGUUUGCAUCGACAAAUUCAACGAGGAUGGUUACAAGACAGUGGCGCAGGGUACAAAGAAAGAAGGAUGCACUAUUCUCUUUAUGAUCCUAUACUUCUUCGGCAUGGCGAGCUCCAUCUGGUGGGUCAUCCUGUCCCUCACGUGGUUCCUCUCAGCCGGCAUGAAGUGGGGCCAUGAGGCCAUCGAGGCCAACUCGCAAUACUUCCACCUAGCAGCGUGGGCCGUACCUGCGGUCAAGACCAUCACUAUCCUCGCCAUGGGUCAGGUGGACGGAGACCUGUUGACGGGAGUGUGCUAUGUGGGCAUAUACAGCGUGCCGUCUCUUCGGGGCUUCGUAUUGGCACCGCUCUUCGUUUACCUCUUCAUCGGCACGUCGUUCCUUCUGGCAGGCUUCGUGUCGCUCUUCCGCAUUCGCACCAUCAUGAAGCACGACGGCACGAAGACUGAGAAGCUGGAGAAGCUCAUGGUGCGCAUCGGGGUGUUCAGCGUGCUCUACACUGUGCCCGCGACCAUCGUGAUCGCCUGUUACUUCUACGAGCAAGCUUUCCGUGAGCAUUGGGAGAAGACGUGGCACAUGCAGACGUGCAAGCGCUUCGCUGUGCCCUGUCCGGCCGGCAACUUCGCACCCAUGUCGCCCGACUUCACUGUAUUCAUGAUCAAGUACCUGAUGACCAUGAUCGUGGGGAUCACGUCCGGCUUUUGGAUUUGGUCUGGGAAAACGCUGCAGUCGUGGUGCAGGUUUUACAAAAGACUCAGUAACAGUAACCAGGGUGAGACGACUGUAUGAAAACGGGACACGACCCCGACAGUGAAACACAAGACUGAAAUGAUGAGAAAACUGGUUUGCCAUGCCUGGACGACACUUUUUUUUAUAAAAAUGUAUUUUCAAUUUCCGAGACACAUUGAGCCCAAACACAAAGCUGAAGCGUUCUGCUGUUCCAAAUAAACCUUACAUGCUUUAUAGACAUUUCGCUUUGUCUUUUGAGAAAUUCAAUUCUGUGGACACUCCAAAAACGUGCCAGCAUGUUUUCCCCAAACAUACGGCUUAACUCGCCUUUGUUGUCUUCAUGUGGAAGAAUUUGUUUGACUUUGUCUCUAUGUAACAGUAUAUUUUACACGUGAUCUCUGCGCAUAUUAAGGCCUACAUUUCACGCGCUGUAAUCGGCAUAGUACAUGUAGCGCUCAUUACUGUGGAAUCGUGUUGUUUUUACUGACCGUGUUUUGCUUUACAGAUGUAUCCUCUCUAGUCUUCUAUGGACUUGUAUGACUUUCAGAGCCACCCGCUGACAAUCAUGCAUCGUUCAUGUGGCACAAAGGCGCUUUGGGUUUGGGGUUGGAGAGCUACAUGCAUGUGUCGAGCUGGGAAAUUAUGCAAGCUCCUUUUAAAGUGCGUAACUUGUAAAUAAUCACCCUUUCUUAAAGAAUAUAUGUAUUUAUGAAGAUAAUCUUGUUGUUUUUUUACUUGAUUUUUUAAACAGAAAAAUUGGUAAGAGGACAUUUGCAUAUGUACAGUUUCACCGAAUAAAAACGAUUAGAUUUUUAA